AUGGAGGAGGAGCUGCAGCAUUCGCACUGUGUGAAUUGUGUCAGUAGACGGUGUAUGACCAGACCAGAGCCUGGGAUUUCCUGUGACUUAAUUGGCUGUCCAUUGGUUUGUGGCGCAGUCUUCCAUUCUUGUAAAGCUGAUGAGCAUCGACUUUUAUGUCCAUUGGAACGAGUGCCUUGCUUAAAUAGUGGCUUCGGAUGUCCAUUUACAAUGGCUCGAAAUAAAGUUGCUGAACAUCUAGAAACAUGUCCUGCAAGUGUGGUGUGCUGUACAAUGGAAUGGAACAGAUGGCCAGUUAGUUAUGCAGAUCGGAAGUCGUAUGAAAAUCUAAGCAGAGAUGUUGAUGAAGUGGCACAAUUAGAUAUGGCCUUGGCCCUUCAAGACCAAAGGAUGCUCUUAGAAUCUCUCAAAGUAGCCACCAUGAUGUCAAAAGCGACUGAUAAAGUAUCACGACCUAGAGAACAAAUAUCAGUUAAAUCAGCUGUUCCAGAGAUACCACAUGCUAAUGGUUUGGUGUCUGUUGAUGAAGGAUCUUAUGGUGCACUUUAUCAAGCUACUGUAGAAACAACCAGAAGUUUGGCUGCUGCUUUAGACAUCCUGAACACCGCCACAAGAGACAUUGGCAUGUUAAGUACGAGUCUUCCUGCUUCCACAAAUGAAAUGAAUGAAGAGGAGAAUGCCAGAGAAAGCUUACAGAAUAGAAACUUAAAAGACCAAGACCAUGUUUAUGAGGAUGAGAUAGGAGCAGUAGGUGGAAUUGACCAUAACAAUACAAAUCAGAAUGCCCAAUCUGAACAAAAUGGUUCAAGUGAUUUGUUAUGUGACUUGGAUACCAGCUCUAAUGACACUUCUGCUCUUUGUAAUGGCCUUCCUUUGGAAAAUAUAUGUACACAGGUCAUAGAACAGAACCAGAAUUUACAUGGUGAUUCUGGAGAAAGUAACUUAACAAAUGGAGAAUGUGUAGCAUCAGAUGGCAUUUCAGAACCUUCCAGUUCACUUUCAGUAGCAGCACAACUUAGGGAAGUAAUACCACCUAAUGCUUUGCCUAACGGUACAAUUCAGCACAUCCUCAUGCCAGAUGACGAGGAUGAAGGAGAAUUGUGUUGGAGAAAAGUAGACUUAGGAGACCUGAGGAAUGUGGAUGUCUUAUCUUUCAGUCAACCUCCUUCAUUCAAAUUUCUUUCCAAUUCAUGUUGGUCUAAACCAAAGGAAGAUAAAGCAGUAGAUACAUCAGAUUUGGAAGUUGCAGAAGAUCCAAUGGGCCUCCAAGGAAUAGAUCUAAUCACAGCAGCAUUACUGUUCUGUCUAGGAGAUUCUCCAGGUGGAAGGGGUAUAUCUGAUAGUCGCAUGGUUGAUAUUUAUCACAUUGACUUUGGAACUCAGACUUUUUCACUUCCAUCUGCAAUAUUAGCUACAAAUACAAUGGUUGGGGAAAUUGCUUCAGCUUCAGCUUGUGAUCAUGCCAACCCACAGCUUUCAAAUCCAAGUCCUUUUCAGACACUUGGGCUGGAUUUAGUAUUGGAAUGUGUCGCUAGGUACCAACCCAAGCAGCGUUCAAUGUUUACAUUUGUUUGUGGACAGCUAUUUAGAAGAAGAGAAUUUUCUUCACAUUUUAAGAAUGUGCAUGGUGACAUUCAUGCUGGACUCAAUGGCUGGAUGGAACAGAGGUGUCCUUUAGCAUAUUAUGGCUGUACCUAUUCUCAACGUAGAUUUUGUCCAUCAACACAAGGAGCAAAGAUUAUACAUGAUCGCCAUUUGAGGUCAUUUGGAGUUCAGCCAUGUGUAUCUACAGUAUUAGUAGAGCCUGCUAGAAACUGUGUGUUGGGAUUACAUAGUGACCAUCUAAGUGGUCUUCCUUUUGAGCUUCUGCAACAUAUUGCAGGCUUUCUGGAUGGCUUCAGUCUAUGCCAGCUUUCAUGUGUAUCCAAGUUAAUGAGGGAUGUAUGUGGCAGCCUGCUUCAGUCUCGUGGAAUGGUCAUAUUGCAGUGGGGGAAAAGGAAGUAUCCAGAAGGAAAUUCAUCAUGGCAGAUAAAAGAAAAGGUGUGGCGAUUCAGUACUGCAUUUUGUUCUGUUAAUGAGUGGAAAUUUGCUGACAUCCUAAGCAUGGCUGACCACUUGAAGAAGUGCAGUUACAAUAUUGUAGAGAAACGGGAGGAAGCCAUCCCAUUGCCAUGCAUGUGUGUGACACGAGAACUCACGAAGGAAGGACGUUCACUGCGCUCAGUUUUAAAACCUGUACUUUAA